GUGGAGAAAGCAGGAUACAGCUUGGUCCAAGGUGUACUGUAAAUGAGGCCACUACACUCUGCUGCCUGCUUCUACUGAAGAUGGAAUCAGAGAAGUGGCAAGAAAGUGGGCACCUGGAAUGGAUUUGAGAAAUAUUUGGGCAACCUUGUUGAUAAGCAAUUUCAAGACAGAGAGAGACUUCAGCCAUCAGGAUAAGAGAUCGGCCAAGGAAGUUUUGGAGUUGAUGAAGACGCUUGUUACCUGGACUGCCAAUUAUUUUUUAAAAUGACGAAUAAAAAUUCUCCUGGGAUGCCAAUGUGACAUAUCACUGGGCUCUGAAACAAGGUGCAGCUGUCAAGACGCAGAGAAAGCCCUAUUCUAAGAACUGUCCUAGAGGGCCAGGAAGAACAGCUACUGAUCCUCGCGCCAACUCAUGCUCCAGAGCUGCUGUGCCCUUUGCUAACUUCAAGCUUCCUGCCAGUUUCAUCCGAGGCCCAGAAAUAGCAAGGAUAAGCGGGAGAAAGGGAAAUAACUGCCGAAAGGUGGAGGAAAGGAGUGUAGUCAGGAUGAAAGUACAGCCGCUGCUAUCUUCACUGUUCAGAUGGAUGACUAUUUGGGUGGCAAGCCAGUGCAGAAUAGAGAACUUCAAGGCUAUGAGUCCACUGAUUUUGUUGGUUAUUUCAAAGGAGGUCUGAAAUACAAGGCUGGAGGUGUGGCAUCUGGACUAAAUCAUGUUCUCACAAAUGACCUGACAGCUGAGAGGCUCCUACACGUGAAGGGUCGGAGAGUGGUCAGGGCCACAGAAGUUCCCCUUAGCUGGGACAGUUUCAACAAGGGAGACUGCUUCAUCAUUGACCUUGGGACAGAAAUUUACCAGUGGUGUGGUUCCUCGUGUAACAAAUAUGAGCGUCUGAAAGCAAGUCAGGUUGCCAUUGGCAUUCGAGACAAUGAAAGGAAAGGCAGAUCUCAACUAAUUGUUGUGGAAGAAGGAAGUGAACCGCCAGGGCUUAUAAAGAUUUUAGGGAAAAAGCCAGAGCUUCCGGAUGGAGAUGAUGAUGACGACAGCAUGGCUGACAUAACUAAUAGGAAAAUGGCUAAACUCUACAUGGUUUCAGAUGCAAGUGGAUCCAUGAAAGUGACUGUGGUGGCAGAAGAAAACCCCUUCUCAAUGAAAAUGCUGCUUUCUGAAGAAUGCUUUAUUUUGGACCAUGGUGUUGCAAAACGAAUUUUCGUGUGGAAAGGUAAAGAUGCUAAUCCUCAGGAGAGAAAGGCCGCAAUGAAGACAGCAGAAGAAUUCCUACAGCAAAUGAAUUAUUCCACCAAUACCCAGAUUCAAGUUCUUCCAGAAGGAGGUGAAACACCAAUCUUCAAACAGUUCUUUAAGGACUGGAGAGAUAAAGAUCAAAGUGAUGGCUUUGGGAAAGUUUAUGUCACAGAGAAAGUGGCUCGAAUAAAACAAAUUCCGUUUGAUGCUUCAAAGUUGCACAAUUCUCCGCAGAUGGCAGCCCAGCAUAAUAUGGUGGAUGAUGGUUCUGGUAAAGUGGAGAUUUGGCGUGUAGAAAACAACGGUAGGAUCCCCAUUGAUGAAAACUCGUAUGGUGAAUUUUAUGGCGGUGACUGCUACAUUAUACUCUACACUUAUCCCAGAGGACAGAUGAUUUACACAUGGCAAGGAGCAAAUGCCACAAGAGAUGAAUUGACAACAUCUGCAUUCCUGACUGUUCAGAUGGAUCGGUCCCUUGGAGGACAGGCUGUGCAGAUCCGAGUCUCCCAAGGCAAAGAGCCUGCUCACCUGCUGAGUUUGUUCAAAGACAAGCCUCUCAUUAUUUACAAGAAUGGAACAUCAAAGAAAGGAGGUCAGGCACCUGCUCCCCCUACACGCCUCUUUCAAGUCCGGAGAAACCUGGCAUCUAUCACCAGGAUUGUGGAGGUUGAUGUUGAUGCAAAUUCACUGAAUUCCAAUGAUGUUUUUGUCCUGAAACUGCGACAAAACAGUGGCUACCUCUGGAAAGGAAGGGGCGCAAGCCAGGAAGAGCAGAAAGGAGCAGAGUACCUGGCAAGUGUCCUCAGGUGCAAAACUACAAAGAUUCAGGAAGGCGAGGAACCAGAGGAGUUUUGGAAUUCCCUUGGAGGAAAAAAAGAUUACCAGACCUCCCCAUUGCUAGAAACCCAGGCUGAAGAACAUCCGCCUCGGCUUUAUGGCUGCUCUAACAAAACUGGAAGGUUCAUUAUUGAGGAGGUUCCAGGAGAGUUUACCCAGGAAGACUUAGCAGAAGAUGAUGUCAUGUUACUAGAUACUUGGGAACAGAUAUUCAUUUGGAUUGGCAAAGAUGCCAAUGAAGUUGAGCGAACAGAAUCUCUGAAGUCUGCCAAAAUGUAUCUUGAGACUGACCCUUCCGGAAGAGACAAGAGGACACCAAUUGUCAUCAUAAAACAGGGCCAUGAGCCUCCCACAUUCACAGGCUGGUUCCUGGGCUGGGAUUCCAGCAAGUGGUAAAACUGAAUUUUGUAGGAAAAAAAAGAGAAGUGGGGAGCAGCCAUUCCACAGCUGUCUUGGG